AUGGAGUGCAAGUUCAAUGGGGUUACAAGCAGCGAGGCGGGGGCGGUCACUUUGGAUAGCAAAGUGGUUCAAGGAUCGAACGUCUUCCGUUACCUGCUAGGAUCCAUUCUCCAAAAGGAUGGAGAACUGGAUGGAGACGUGGCGCAUAGAAUUAACAUGGGUUGGUUAAAAAUGAAAAGCGCCACCGAAUUCCUUUGUGAUUCCGGCAUUCCCCAAAGAUUGAAGGGAAAGUUCUACCGCACUGCAAUUAGGCCUGCCUUGUUAUAUGGCACCGAAUGUUGGGCGGUGAAACAGUGCCAUGUUCAUAAGAUGAACGUGGCGGAGAUGCGUAUGUUGCGGUGGAUGUGUGGCCACACAAGGAAGGACCGAUUAAGAAAUGAAGUGAUCCGGGAAAAAGUUGGAGUUGCAUCCAUUGAAGAAAAGAUGAGGGAGAAUCGGUUAAGAUGGUUUGGUCAUGUGAAAACGAGAUCAGGAGAUGCACCGGUGAGAAGAAUUGAAGAGUGGAGGAGUAAUCAAAUUGUAAAGGGUAGGGGAAGACCUAAGAUGACUUGGCUGAGGGUAAUUGAAAGUAAUAUGAGGUUACUUGGGAUUGAGGAGAGAAUGACGUUGGUUAGAAGUGGGUGGAGGGGCAGUAUCUAUGUGGAGGAAGGGGUCUGA